UUCCCGCGAGUGGUUCAUCGGACACAGGCACAGCGUUUCCUCACAUCCAUUCACUCACACUCGAUCGCUCGUACAGCUAACAUCUGACACAGUGCAGGAACAAACACAAGGUUGGCAAGGAAGAGAAAUACGCGAUCAACGCGUAUAUACAAAUACAAGUUUAAUGUAUGAAUCGCGCGCGUGUGCAGUACGGUGUAUUGUGUAAAGGAGAAUUAGUUGUGCGUAUGCGUAACCGGCUAUAUGGACGAACUUGAAGUCGAAAGAGAAAAAGGUGUGCGAGAGUAGACAGAGCGGCGGCGGCGAGCGCGGGUAAACGGGUCAGCAUUGGUAAGCACGAUUAGCCAAAAACGCGCAGUCGCGCGUUGAUCCUGUUGGGUGGGAGGCGAUCAGCUGUAAGCACGCGAGGAGCGAGAUGUUCGUCCUGCAGAGGUCUAUAUUAUCGCCCAGCAGCAGAAGUUGUACAGGAUCAUGGGCGCGUAUGCUUCCUCCUACGCAUCCUGCUGUAAAGGAUAUUCAACAAAAAGAGAUUCACGAAGUGUCCGGCGAUGUCAUACCUAUCAAUAUGGUGAAAGGUAUCGGUCAUUUAAGGGAUCCACGACUCAAUAAGGGUUUGGCAUUUACUUUGAAAGAAAGAAUAUCUUUGGGUAUACAUGGUUUACAGCCUCCAAGAUUCAAAACUCAGGAAGAACAAUUGGCUCUGUGCAAAGCUUCAGUUAUGAAGUACACAGAGGAUUUAAACCGUUAUCUUUAUCUCGUAGAACUGCAGGAGAGAAACGAGAGAUUAUUUUUCCGUCUGUUGAGCGAGAACAUCGAACAAAUGAUGCCAAUUGUUUACACACCUACCGUUGGACUAGCCUGUCAAAAGUUUGGCGUUAUCUAUCGAAGACCCCGUGGAUUAUUCAUUACUAUAUACGACAAAGGUCACAUUUAUGAAAUCUUGAACAACUGGCCCGAGCAAGCAGUUCGAGCGAUUUGCGUGACGGAUGGAGAAAGAAUUCUCGGGCUGGGUGAUCUUGGAGCUUGUGGGAUGGGAAUCCCAGUGGGGAAAUUGGCCCUUUACACGGCUCUGGCCGGCAUAAAACCGCACCAAUGCCUACCAAUUACGAUCGAUGUUGGGACAAACAAUGAACAAUUGAGAAACGAUCCUCAUUACAUCGGGCUUAACAAGCCCAGGAGUCAUGGGGCCGAAUACGAUGAAUUGAUCGAUGAAUUUAUGGCCGCUUGCGUGAAAAAGUAUGGUCAAAAUGUUCUCAUCCAAUUCGAAGAUUUUGGCAAUCACAACGCUUUCCGUUUCUUGGAUAAAUAUCGUGAUAAAUAUUGCACGUUUAACGACGAUAUACAAGGUACUGCUGCGGUCGCGGUUGCUGGAAUUCUAGCAUCGAAAAGAAUAACUAAGAAAAGAAUAUCCGAAAACAAGUUCGUAUUUUUAGGCGCCGGCGAGGCAGCUAUCGGGAUAGCCAAUCUUUGCGUGAAGGCGAUGGAAGUGGACGGUUGCAGCACUCAGCAAGCGCGCGACAAUAUUUGGAUGAUGGAUAUCGAUGGACUGCUGGUUAAAGAUCGGCCGGAAGGCAACCUCGAAGGUCACAAGAUCUGGUACGCGAAAAAGUACAAAGUGAUGAAAUCGUUGUUCGAGGUGGUAAAGGAAAUAAAACCGUCCGUUUUGAUCGGCGCGUCGGCGGCAGCGGGAGCAUUCACCACCGACGUUCUAAAGGAGAUGGCCAGAAACAACGAGAGACCUUUAAUUUUCGCGUUGAGCAAUCCGACAAGCAAAGCGGAAUGCACGGCUCAACAAGCGUACGAUCACACGAAUGGGAAAUGUAUAUUUUCGUCCGGUUCGCCGUUCGGCGACGUGCAUUACGGAGGGAAAAUUUACAAGCCCGGCCAGGGGAACAACGCGUACAUUUUCCCUGGGAUCGCGUUGGGCGUGAUCGCCACUGGCUGCCACCACAUCACCGAGGAUCUGUUCCUUAUUUCAGCUCAGGCUGUCGCCGAUCACGUGAAAGACGAACAUCUCGAAGUUGGUAGCGUUUAUCCGCCGUUAGGCACCAUUCGCGAAUGUUCCAUUGAUAUCGCCGUUCGAAUCGCCGAAUAUGCUUACGCUAAGAGUGGGUUGGCAAGUGAAUAUCCAGAGCCCAAGGACAAACGGCAAUUUAUUGUAAGUAAAAUGUACGAUGCGAACUACGACAGUCCACUGCCAAACGUUUAUGACUGGCCAGGAGACUAUGCCAAACCUCGUGUUUUGCCAGAUAAAUUAUGACGUGUUGGCGACUCGAAAGACGAGACGACUGCUCUGACAUAUAUACAGUCAUUUUAAAUUAAAAAUCAAUCAAUUUCAAACAGAAAUAUGACUUGAAAUAUGGUUAUAGUCCUCUAAUCUUUUAAACUUCUUUGAUUCUGAAUAUCAUCAGAAAAUCGAAUUUUUUAAUUCGUACUUUUCCCGCGUAUCACAUAUUUGUACGUACUUAUUUAUUAUUAAUUUAAAAAAAACUGCAAUUAUAUUUUUUACGACUGUUCACUAAUUUCAAAUCCAUUAAUCUCUAGUGUAUUUAUUUUAUUUUUUUUGUAUUUCUUUUAUCUCUCUAUUUGUAUUUAAAUUGAACAAUUAUGUUCGUAAAUCAAAAAGUAUUAUAAUAUUGUGAUACUUUUUUUUUUUUUAAUCAUUAGAAGAAAUUAGUGAAUAGUUCAUUGCUUGUAGAAAUUAUGUCACAUAUAUAUAUAUAUAUUGAUAAUAUUAUCAUAUAUACGUAUAUUAAUUUUUUUAAAGUUAUAAUAACUAUAAUAACUUUCUUUUCAAAACGUAUAAUAUUGAAUAAACGUGUGGAAUUUAGCGAUAUAUAUUAUAUUUAAAAAAAAAAAAAGCGAUUAUUAUAUAUAAUCAUCAAAAGUAUAUAAAUUUCAUAACACGAAGAUGUCCCGUUAGGUGUUGUAAUAUGUAAGGCCACAUAAGUUGUCACCGUUUCUUCGAUUUUAUAUUUGCCUUUAAUAAGCAAUUAAUAUGAUUAGAAAAAACAGGACAACUUUGUAAAAUCCGUAUUUUUUGUACUGUAUUGUAAUUGUCACUGUUAAGUUAAGUAAAUAUGAAACUGAAAAUUUUGUCAAAAGGUUCCUAUAUGUUACGUGAAAUAGAAACUUUGAUGAUAACGUCGAUUUGAUUAUUACUGCCACAUCACAAAUAUAAUUACCUCAUUUAUAAAUUAUUCUUAUGAAUUACACCAUAUAUGUGUGUGUGUAUAUAUACAUAUAUUUGGAACAAGAAAAACAAAUUUAAAUUAGCCGAGUAUAGCUGUUCUCUCGUUACAAUUUGUUAUUAAACGUGUAUAUUAUAUACUAAAUGAAUACAUGAAUAAAUGUUAAAACAUGAUCCGUUAA